CAUCCCUAUAUCUGCUCAGAUGGCGAAGAAAGUGACGAUCGUAGGCGGGCAUGGCAAGGUCUCCCUCCGCCUCACAAAACUGCUCGCGGGUGCACAGAAGUACAGCGUGACCUCCAUCAUCCGCGACGCGACCCAAGCAUCCGACAUCCUCGCCGCCGAUCCCUCCGCGACUGCGGUCGUCCUCUCCCUAGAAGACUCUCCCGUCUCCGAAUUCGCGGAGACCUUCCAGGGUCAGGACGUCGUCGUCUGGAGCGCCGGCGCGGGCGGCAAAGGCGGAGAGGAGCGAACGAAGAAGGUCGACUUUGAGGGCGCGGUGAAGGUGUUCGACGCGAUCGAGCAGGUGCAGGGCCCGAAGCCGAGACUGAUCCUGGUGUCCGCUGUCGACAUCCGCAAUCCGGACGUCAUCCCUGCACACUACACUGAAGAGGAUAUCGCCCUCUCUAAACGCGUGCGCGGCGCCAUCUCCGCGUACAUGCAUUGGAAGUACGAGGCAGAUAAGAACCUUGUGGCUCGUACCGCGUUCGGAUGGACGAUCCUCCGUCCCGGAGGGCUCACGGACGUUCCCGGCACAGGCAAAGCCUCGAUCGGCCGUACACAUCUAAGCCCUACUAUCUCGAGAGACGAUGUAGCGCGUGUGUUAGCUCUGCUGAUUGACAGGCCGGACGCGAGCGGACUGGCGAUCGACCUCGUCGGGGGCGAAACACCCAUCGAAGAGGCUCUCGACGCCUUCAUCAAGAAGGGCGAAACUGAUUGGCUGGGUUGAGGACGCAGUCGGGAAUCAUAAAAAUAAACAUCCAGAAUCCUGUAACAGUAUCAAUGGUGAUCGUUAGUAUGCCGAUACCGACGCAGACUACUCGGUAUCGAUGACGCUAUACGCAAUAAAGUGUACAUGUAGUGUUCCAUGCAAUUCAGGGAGGUUGACG